GCAACUAGUAACAUUUUAUCAAUGAGUGUUCUUCCGUCGGUGGUGUGCCGGUUUCUAAUUUUUACAUUUUCCAGUUUUAUUAUCUAAAGUUUUGAAGAAACAGUGUCAACAAUGCAUACAGAAACGACAUUAACACUCAUACAAAUAUUAGAAAAGACUGUAUCACCAGAUCGAAAUGAAUUGGAAGCUGCAGAAACUUACCUUGACCAUGCAGCUGUUACCAAUUUCACAACAUUUAUCAAAAUGUUGUCUGAUGUCCUGGUUGCGGGAGGAAACAGCCAGGUGGCUAGGAUGGCUGCAGGUUUACAGCUAAAAAACCACCUCACCUCUAAGGAUCCUACACUAAAACAACAGUACCAACAGAGGUGGCUAGCUCUUCCUGAGGACAUCAGAUUAUAUAUUAAGAAAAAUAUUCUAACGGCAAUUGGAACUGAGAAUAGUAGGCCUAGCUCAGCUGCUCAAUGUGUGGCCUAUGUAGCAGUGGCAGAACUUCCUGUAGGACAGUGGAAUGAUCUGAUACCUAUCCUUGUAGAAAAUGUUGUUAAUGCUCAAUCUACAGAACUUAAAAAAGAAGCAACAUUAGAAGCAAUUGGUUACAUCUGCCAAGAAAUUGAUGCAGAGGUCUUAACAGAACAAAGCAACCCCAUUUUAACUGCUAUCAUUCAUGGAAUGAGAUCUAUUGAAACCAGCAACCAUGUUCGUCUUGCUGCCACUCAAGCUUUACUAAACUCAUUAGAAUUUACUAAAGCCAACUUUGAUAAAGAAAAUGAGAGGAAUUUCAUUAUGGAAGUUGUAUGUGAAGCCACACAGUCAAGUGACAUGAGAAUUAGUGUUGCAGCUCUUCAAUGCUUAGUCAAAAUCCUCUCUUUGUACUACCAAUAUAUGGAACCUUACAUGGGUCAAGCACUUUUCCCCAUCACUUUAGAAGCUAUGAAGUCUGAUGUUGAUGAAAUUUCACUUCAAGGCAUUGAAUUUUGGUCUAAUGUUAGUGAUGAAGAAAUUGAUCUUGCAAUUGAAGAAGUAGAGGCAGCUGAAGCAGGUCGACCACCAGCACGUACUUCGAGAUUUUAUGCUCGAGGGGCCUUGCAAUACCUUGCACCUGUCCUUAUGCAAAAAUUAACAAAACAAGAUGAUACAGAAGAUGAAUUAGAAUGGAAUCCCUCUAAAGCUGCAUCUGUUUGUCUCAUGCUAUUGUCAAACUGCUGUGAAGACGAAGUUGUUCCCCAUGUACUACCGUUUAUUAAUUCCAAUAUCAAAAACGAAAAUUGGCGGUAUAGAGAAGCUGCUUUGAUGGCCUUCGGUUCUAUUCUUGGUGGACUUGAAGCAAAUACUCUGAAGCCUUUAGUGGAAAAGGCUAUGCCAACUCUGAUUGAAGCCAUGUAUGAUUCUAGUGUGGCUGUGCGAGACACAGCUGCCUGGACAUUUGGAAGAAUUUGUGAAAUUGUCCCGGAAGCUGCUAUAAAUGAAACCUAUCUGAAACCACUUUUGGAAAGUCUUGUCAAUGGACUGAAAGCAGAGCCACGUGUAGCUGCUAAUGUUUGCUGGGCUUUCACAGGGCUGGCAGAAGCUGCAUACGAAGCUGCUGAUUGUGGAGACUCCAACCAACCUAAAACCUAUUGCAUGUCAAAAUACUUUGAUUUUAUUGUUCAGAGGCUUCUCGAAACUACUGAUCGCCAAGAUGCAGCACAACAUAAUUUAAGAUCAGCUGCAUAUGAGGCUCUUAUGGAAAUGGUUAAGAACUCUCCUACUGAUUGCUACGUAACAGUGCAGAAGACAACUAUGGUUAUUUUGGAGAGACUCCAACAAGUAUUACAAAUGGAGAAUCAUAUUUCCAGUCAGGCUGAUCGUUCACAGUUUAAUGAUCUUCAGAGUCUGUUGUGUGCUACAUUGCAGUCUGUACUCCGUAAGGUAACUCCAGAAGAUGCUCCACAAAUAUCAGAUGCCAUAAUGACGGCCCUGUUGACUAUGUUUGCUGGCAAUGCGGGUAAAGCUGGUGGAGUUCAAGAAGAUGCUUUGAUGGCAGUCUCAACACUGGUUGAGGUGUUAGGAGAAGGCUUCCUUAAAUACAUGGAUGCUUUCAAGCGAUACCUAUAUGUUGGGCUUAAAAAUCAUCAAGAAUAUCAAGUUUGCAUAGCAGCUGUUGGACUCACUGGAGAUAUCUGCCGCGCAUUGAAAAGUAAAGUGCUGCCAUACUGUGAUGAAAUUAUAGUGUUGUUGUUGGAGAAUCUUGGAGAUCCAUCAAUUCAUCGAUCUGUAAAACCUCAGAUUUUGUCUGUGUUUGGAGAUAUUGCCCUAAGCAUUGGUCCCGACUUUGCUAAGUACUUUGAUGUGGUGAUGCAAAUGUUGUUGCAGGCCAGCAAUGCUCAAGUAGACCGUAAUGAUUACGAUAUGGUCGAAUAUUUAGGUGAGCUUCGCGAAAGUGUGCUGGAAGCUUAUACUGGCAUAAUCCAAGGCUUGAAGGGCUCUACUGGCGAGGUAAGAUCGGAUGUGGCGCUCGUGGAGCCUCACGUGCCGGCCAUCGUGACCUUCAUGAUGCAAGUAGCCUGUGAGCCCGAGCGCACGGACGGGCACAUGUCGGUGAUCGCGGGUCUGACCGGGGACCUGUGCACGGUGUUCGGACAGCGCGUCCUGCCACUGCUGGAGACUCGGCCCCUGUUGGACUUGCUGCAGGCCGCUCGACGCUCCCGCACUCCUCGCACCAAGGCACUUGCAAACUGGGCAACCAAGGAAAUACGCAAGCUCAAGCAUCAAACGCCUCUCACUAGCUGAUUUGAACCUGUUGUAAAACUUCUACGUGAAACAAUGCAGCUUGAGAUAAUUUGCCGCUGGUAGUCUCAACUGUGUUGGCAGGCAUAUUAUGUCCAUAUUAAUAAGUCGUUAGGUGCAUUUGUUAGAGGCCUGUAUUAUUUUAAUCUAUUGCCAACAUUUUAUAAAGUAGUUAUCUCGUGUUCACUGGCUUAUAUAGCCUUUAUAAGUAAUUAAUAUUCAAGUAUGUAUUGUACAUCUAUUAUAUUACAUAAUAAAUGAAUAUUUCUCUACUUUAGUAACAUGUUACCAUUACUGUAGCAUAGUAACAUCCAUUGCUUUAUUUUAUUUAAUGAGCAUUGUACCAUGACAAAACAGUCUGUUAAAUUAAUUGUAACCAGUAACAAAGUCAAAAAUGGAUGAAUGUUUAUGAACUAGUAAAAUUUUAUUAUGUUAACUGAUAUUUUACAUAUAAGAAAAAUGCUAAUAUUAUUUGUAAUGGCUUUUUCUUAAAUCACCUAGUGAUUUUUGGCCCCGAACAAUGCACUUAGCGUAGCAUUAUUGAAACUUUAAUAUAUGUGCCUGACCAUAAUUUUCCAUAAUUAUUAUCUUAAAGUUGAAGCAUUUUUCCUAUUUGGUAUUAUAAAUACAGACAGUGGCUGUGGUAUCUUUACUUAUGUGAGAUAAAGUGAUAGUUUGAAAGAGAUGUGUGAGAGGUGACGUAUGUUAUUUUAGGCAUGCACAUGUGCAAGGGAUUAUGAAUUUUAUAAAUUAUUAUUAUGUUUUGUAAGAUGUAUGAAAGAUUUUAUGGAUGGAUAGGAAUGCAUGUGUCGAUGCGUGCAUGAUUAUCUCUGAUAUUUUAUAAACUUAGGCAUUGUCGAUCAUAAUGGAAAUUCGGUAUAUUAAUGUAUGUUUAAGAUUCCGUCGACAUUACUAGAGACUGAAGGACGCCAUAUUGGCGACGAUUCUUUUUUUAUUCAUCGCAAUUCAAGUCAAAUCUGAAAAUAUAUCAUACAAAGUUGUUGGGAAACGUUUCAUCAAUAAACUUGCACGGCGCCCUAUGAAAACGAAGUAGAAAAAUAUCAGAAUAUUCUGGAACUAUUAUAAAAAUCGCCAUCUGAAAGAAUCUGCUAAUAGUAUAAUCGUGUAAUGUGCCGAAAGCUACAUUUCUGAUUAUCUCACAUACUUUUUAUCUUAGUUAUUGCCUACCGUUUUAACAUUAAUAGGCUAGUUUCCUACUGGUCAAAUUGUUAUGUUUUAAAUUUUAUUUAAACUUCAACAACGAUAUUUUCUAUGAAUUUUGUAUGAAAUAGUGUGUUAUGACGUCAUCAGAUUUUUACGUCAAAUAGCAAACUUAUUUCUAGAUAAUUUGCUAGAAAAUUUCGAACAUUAGGUAGAUCAUCAAAUAUAUGAGUGAAAGUGUGAUUAUUUUUUUAUUGUUUAUUGUUCUGAGAAGUCGAAAAAAAAUAUUUUUGACUGAGGAAACUACCCAAUUAGUGGCAUAACUUAAUACAAUCGUAAUCUUUUCAAAUGAUUUACUAUGAUGUCAGAUGGUUUUUAUCAGAGCUUAGGCAGGUAAGCGGAAUAAAAUACGCGCUUCACCGGCAAGUGAUGUAAACGGUUACUUUUAAAAGAUCAAUUCUAAAACCACUAAAUAUUUAUGAAAAAGUAAUAAGCUUACCUAUCUCAAAAAUCUCUUAAAUCUUCCUUUGUGAUGAAUAAAAAGUGUCCUUGCCUUCUGAUCUCAAUAUCACAUUAUUGUACAUAUGUAAUUAAAACUUUUUUUUCUUAUUAUGUGUUAAAAUGGCAAAACCUGAAAGACCAAGCAGACCAUUUGUUGAAAUAACACCUUUGGGCUGAUGAUAGAUAUUGCCAUAAUGUUGAUGCUUUUCGUUGACCAUAAUGAUAUUCACAAUUAUCAAAUUUCAAAAGGGGUAUCUUCACUAAAUAUUUAUUUUCGUAUCGUUUUGUUUUUCUUUUAUAAAGUGAUGAUCUAAAAUGCAGUUAAUUUACAUAAGUAGGCAGAGUCUUUUUUUUAUAUUAAAAAACUUAAAGCCUUACAAGACGUUUUUCGGCUAUCACAUUCGGCAACUGUCAGGUUUGUUGCUGUUAUCGUGACCUUAUCAUAUCAUAAACACUAUGAGGCCGCCGAUAUCGUGUCGUUGUCGACUAGCUCAAAGCGUGACUCAGUUCGAUUUAUUAUGUUGAAAUAUUACAUGUUAUAUUUUGCCUCCUCUGGUACGCGCAAUCACUUGUUGUUUAUUCAAAUAUCUAUUUUGUCUUACUUUGUCGAUCAAACUUGCUUUUAGACAAAUGUACGAUAACUCAAUCUAACUCGCUGUUAUCAAUGUUUAGUCCAGUUCCAGAACUCGUGACUAAUAUUUUAACCAAUUCGUUCCGUUUUAACGGAUAGAAUUCUUUUUAUACUCUUCAGGUUUAGGACUUAAGUGUGAUAACUUAAGUAUGAAAAUACCCUUAAUGUUAUUUAAUUUCAAUUGACUUGUUGAGUGUCUGCUAGUCUGUGAGCAUCACUGAUAGGAAUGAUGUUUGCGCGAAUUAUGCAAGAAUUUACUACGUGAAGUGUGUCAUUACUACCGAUUACUUGUUUUAUUUACUUUAUACAUAAUACAAUAUAUAUUUGAAUAAAAAUACCAUUUGGAUAUAAAAAAAAAUCAGAAAAAGUAUUCCAAAUGUCAUACAAGUUACGUAUGUACUUAUAUUUAAGUAUGAUAGGAGAAUAUGUGAGGACUAGUGCCAUGCCAUGAAAGGUUCUGAAUUAGAAUCAUAGGCAUCGAGUCAAUGAAUACCACCCACUUUUCCUGCGCGAAUCUAAAAUCAAUUAGUUGUUUUGUUACGGCGUAUAUUUUCAUUCGUUUUGACUAUGACUAUCUGCUACCCUGUAAACUGUUCUAUGGUGAUUAAACAAUUUAGAAGUUAAA